UAUAUGUAUGUGAGAUUUAUAGACAUAUGUGAAUUGAUUAUACAUUACACUUCAACAGCCGUUCAGCACUCUGAGCCAGUGUCUAGUUUCCAAAGAUGCUUACAGCUCAACCAAGAACCAGUCCGAGGGCAGACAUCUCCGCCACCGCCGUACGGCAGUUGACUGACUUCUCCGGCGCCGGAAAUAAUGGCAGACUCAGCAGAAGGGGUACUCAGAUUCCCGGAUUCCGGUCACGGGUCAUCCGGAAUCGUGGGUCGGUUCGAGCUGUGAUCAGUAGUGGGGACAACAAGACUGUGGAGUCUGCAAAUGUGGUGGAGACCUCAAAGGACAAUAAGGGGUCGUUGGUGUCUUCAUCAACAACAAGAGGGAUAGAUGUGAGGGCUGUGAUCACAAUCAGGAAGAAGAUGAAAGAGAAACUCACAGACAAAAUUGAAGAUCAGUGGGAGUCUUUCAUCAAUGGGAUUGGUCAGGGCAUCUUGCUCCAGCUCAUCAGUGAAGAGAUUGAUCCUGUGACAAAGUCGGGAAAGAGUGUGGAAUCUUAUGUGAGGGGCUGGUUGCCAAAGCCAUCAAAUAGUUCUUACAUUGUUGAAUAUUCUGCUAAUUUCACGGUUCCAUAUGACUUUGGUUGUCCUGGAGCUAUUAUCAUUACCAAUUUUCAUGGCAAGGAGUUCUACUUGCUGGAGAUUGUCAUUCAUGGUUUUGAUGAAAGUCCCUUUUUUUUCCUUGCUAAUACAUGGAUUCAUUCACGGAAUGACAAUCCUGAAAGCAGAAUUAUCUUCAAAAAUCAGGCAUACUUACCAUCACAAACACCACCUGGUCUUAAAGAUCUUCGACGUGAAGAUUUACUGAGUAUUCGUGGUAAUGGUAAAGGCGAGAGGAAGCUACAUGAUAGAAUCUAUGAUUAUGCUCCUUAUAAUGACUUAGGUAGGCCUGAUAAAAGUGAGGAUCUUGUUAGACCAGUCCUGGCUGGUGAGGAGUGGCCUUAUCCUAGGCGCUGUCGAACUGGUAGACCUCCAACAAAGUCAGAUCCGUUCUCCGAGAGUAGAAUAGAGAAACCCCAUCCAGUUUAUGUUCCUCGGGAUGAAACUUUUGAGGAGAUUAAGCAAAACACUUUCUCUGCUGGACGGUUGAAAGCUCUGUUACACAACCUUAUUCCAUCUAUUGCUGCUACUUUGUCAAGUUCAGACAUCUCCUUCACUUGCUUUUCUGAUAUAGAUAAGAUGUACAAUGAUGGUGUUGUCUUGAAAAAUGAUGAGCAAGAAGUAGUUGAGAAUCAGCUUCUGCCCAGUAUGGUGAAACAAAUAUUAACUGUUGGUGAAAGGUUGUUGAAGUAUGAAGUUCCAGCCAUUAUUAAAAAGGAUAGAUUUGCAUGGAUUCGGGACAAUGAAUUUGGACGCCAGACUUUGGCUGGUGUCAACCCAGUAAAUAUCGAACUUUUGAAGGAAUUCCCAAUUCGGAGCAAAUUAGAUCCUACAAUUUAUGGCCCACCAGAGUCGGCAAUAACAAAAGAGAUGAUAGAGGAGGAACUGAGUGGAAUGAGUGUCGAAGAGGCAAUUAAGAACAAGAGACUAUUUAUACUUGACUACCAUGACAUGCUUUUGCCAUUUAUCAAGAAGAUGAACUCCUUGCCAGGGAGAAAAGCUUAUGCCUCUAGGACAAUUUUCUUCUACAGCCGUGCCGGCAAUCUGAGGCCCAUUGCAAUUGAGCUUUCCCUUCCUCCCACAUCUUCUUCACCACGAAACAAACGUGUUUUCACUCUUGGACAUGAUGCUACAACUCAUUGGAUUUGGAAGCAAGCUAAAGCUCAUGUUUGCUCUAAUGACGCUGGCAUCCAUCAAUUAGUGAAUCAUUGGUUGAGGACUCAUGCUUGUAUGGAGCCUUAUAUUAUUGCCACCCAUAGGCAGCUUAGCUCAAUGCACCCUAUUUACAAAUUGCUCCACCCUCAUAUGCGCUACACACUGGAAAUCAAUGCACUUGCACGACAAAGUUUAAUAAAUGGAGGGGGAAUUAUCGAGGCUUGUUUUAGCCCAGGAAAAUAUGCAAUGGAAUUAAGCUCUGCAGCCUACAAGAGCAUGUGGCGAUUUGAUAUGGAGGCAUUGCCAGCAGAUUUAAUUCGGAGGGGCAUGGCUGUCGAGGAUCCUUCAAUGCCCUGUGGUGUUAAACUUGUGAUUGAAGACUACCCUUAUGCAGCAGAUGGACUCCUCAUAUGGUCUGCCAUAAAAGAAUGGGUUGAAUCCUAUGUAGAACACUACUAUGCUUACGAUUCAAAUUCUAUCAGAUCUGAUGUUGAGCUUCAAGCCUGGUGGAGUGAGAUCAAGAACAAAGGUCACUUCGAUAAGAGGAACGAGCACUGGUGGCCUGAACUGAACACUAAAGAGGACUUAUCCGGCAUACUUACCAUAAUGAUUUGGAUUGCUUCUGGUCAACAUGCAGCUAUAAACUUUGGGCAGUACCCGUUUGGUGGAUAUGUGCCUAACCGUCCCACCCUUAUGAGAAAACUUAUUCCUCGUGAAGACGGUCCUGAGUACGAGAAAUUUCUUCUAAACCCUCAGCAUACUUUUCUGUCAUCUUUGCCGACUCAACUUCAAGCAACCAAAGUCAUGGCUGUCCAAGAUACCUUGUCAACUCACUCCGCAGAUGAAGAGUACUUGGGCCAGGUUCACCAUCUUCAUAGACACUGGAUCCAUGACCACGAAAUACUUAAAUUGUUUGAGAAAUUCUCUAGUAAAUUGGAGGAGAUAGAAGAGACAAUCAACGGAAGGAACAAGGAUAUCCGUCUUAAAAACCGAAGUGGUGCUGGAGUUCCUCCAUAUGAACUGCUGGUUCGCUCAUCAGGUCCAGGAGUAACCGGUCGCGGUAUUCCCAACAGCAUCUCUAUCUGAUGUGUUCUGAUCGGCUCAAAGCCUCGGUAAAUUCUGCUACAUGUAUUUCACUUAGCUGGUGUUUUAGUGCACACCAUUUGCUUCAUCAAACAAAACCUCUAAUUUGUAAUCAAAUUUCUUUUGUAACAGUCCCGAAAUUUGUCAAUAGGUGUUCAUGAGAAUGUUGUAAUGACCUCUGUAAGUUCUGUAGUCAUGGUGAAUAAGAAUGUAGGACAAGUUAAGAAAUGUAAGAAUAACUAUGAUUCGAUCA